AGAGUAUCACUCGCCGCACUCGUAUCCAGCGUCGCUUAUCACACGCGCCUUCUUUUUCUCUCUUCUACUGGAUGCCGGCUCGUGACCUACGCGCACGCGACAAAAAUCACGAUACAGCGGUGAACGAUAAGUCAGCCGUCGAGUUCUUCGUACGGAUCCGUGGGCCUUCUACGGAUACGUUGCAAACUUGACGAGAAUCGAAAAAUCGAAGUAUCGAAGCUCGAAUGGUUGGAGAGAUUGACGAGUCGAUUCUGCGAGCAGAACUGUUUUUUGGCGGGAACAGUCUGGGAAAAGUGUGCCGUGGGUGAUAGUGUUGCCAGUGGAUCGACGUUACGCGAGAGACGCGAAGCACCGUAAAAGUCAGGUUCGAGUGAAUUUUUCGCAAAACAAAACAAUGAUCGUGCAACAAUGGUGCGACAAAAUGGUUCCAUGGUUUGCGAACAGUGAUUAACCUCUCAUUCGUUCAACAUCGUAUAUUCUUAUUGACUGGAGAUACUUAUCUUCCCGCCGGUAUUAUAAAUCUACCGUUCGUCGAGUAUUCUAUCACAUAGAUAUAUAGAAAUAUAGCGCUGCUGUACGUACAUUUUCCAUCGGUCUAUCUAUUUUAAAUCGUACGAAACGACGCUAACGUUCGACGAGACUGUCAAGAGUUGUUGAAUUUGCUUACUGGUGAUUGCCGUCGGAUCGAAAGAACGGAAUAAAUAAGAAUAAUAAAGUGAAUGUUAGGGUGAAAUAUCGAGGAUUUUGUUGAACGUGGUGGGGGGUGUUGUAAUUUGCGAGAAGAUCGGCAAUAGCGUCUUCCGAACCGUUAGGUGGAGUCGUUUGGAAAAGUGGUCACGACGCAACAAACGGUGACGAGUUGUCCAGGGGGUAGUGAAGGCGGCGUCGGUGCAGGUGGCGGUGGCGGUGGCAGCGAGAAUACGGUCCCGUAUGCGGCUACAACGGGUCCGGUAGAGGAGGUGGAGGCGCAGGAGGUGGAGGUAGAGGUCGACGAGGUUAAGAUGGAAGCCGAAGAGCAUCUUGCGAGAGAAUACGUACAGGAGUUUGUUCUUGAUCAUCUCGAUCCCGCCGACGUCAAACGAGAGGUAAGAAUCAGCUCACCAAUGAUGGUGAACGGUAGUGUGGUGCAAUUACCUGGCCAGGCUCUACAAGCGCAAGGUCUAGCUCUGGCACCUCUGACGCCGCCGGCGCACGAGCUUGAACAACCCCAUCCACUUUACGGACAGCCGCACAUUCAGGUGCAGCACGGCGUCCUGGUGAAGGCACCACCGGGUGCAGCUUCUCAUCUGACGACCCUUUCGCAUCCUGGAACACCGCCUGAUACGCCUCCGGUCUCAGCGUCGCCCCCACCGUUGCAAUUGCAUCGGGGCGAUCGCGAUUCCCGCGAUAGAAGUCUGUUUCUUCAUUUGCAACAACCUAACUCCAUCGUACAAGACGAUAUGCAGGCUGGUGAGGGCUUUUGCAGACAGCCCGGAGUCAUGGGUUGGUUGACGCAGUCCCUCAGGCAGGAACCGCUCGACCUCAGGCCUCACUGCCCUCAGGAGCAAACACCGGAACCUCAUCACGAGGCUUGGCCCUCUGCACCUAUGCACCAUCAUUUCCAAGACCCGCAACAUCUGCAGCGACACACCAAGCAUACAGGUGGAUACAUCACGAUGUCGGGCCACAUAGAAUACUAUGGGAGUGCGGGAACAGGCGGCGGGAUGCUUCCCGCGGGCGGAAGCGGUAUGUCAGGGAUGGAAGAUAGUAUGCAGGGCAUACAAAUGCAACCGGGAAGACCGAUGAGCGUUUGUUCAGUGAGUUCUUGCGCUGCUGGUGGCUCGACUCCACCGCACAGAGGCAAUGUCCUUUACCAGAAUUGCGGGAGUAACAAUCCCCAGGAAGAACUCAUGAACGACGAGCUGCUCAUGUCGCUUUCCGUACGCGAAUUGAACAAACGCCUUCACGGUUGCCCGCGGGAAGAGGUGAGUCAGGUGGUGCGUUUGAAGCAAAAGCGGCGAACCUUGAAGAAUCGUGGUUACGCUCAGAAUUGCCGUAGCAAACGUUUGCAACAACGACACGACCUCGAGACGACAAAUCGCAAUCUGCAGAAUGAACUUCAGCGAAUGAAGAUCGAGUUGGCUCGAAUCCAACAAGAACGUGAUCUUUUCAAGCAAAGAUGGGAUAUUCUUAGAACGCGACAGGGCCAUAAUCACAAUCAUCAUCAGCAACAGGCGUCGCAGCAGCAGCAGCAACAACAACAGCAAGCGCAGUCGCAACAGCCACAGCCGCAGCAGCAUCAAUCAAGUCAACAACAACAGCAACCGCCUCCACAACAGCAACAUCAACCAGCGCCUGCGAGUCCAGAAGUUUAUCUGUGACAUCGACAGCGCCGAGGAGGCGCUUGCUGGACCUGAACAGACAUCCGUCGUGCGCUCGUACGAGGUUCUCGAUCGGUGAGUAGCGACUAUUAUUUUUCUUUCUACUCCGAGCAAAGUAAGAGAGCUGUGCGGUUUGUUUGAGUAUUCGAGACGGAUAUUCGAAGGAUUAGGAUACGAAGCGUAAUGCCUCUUCUGUUUUUAAGGUCCUACGAGGACGAGUGACUUUUUCACGCUGCGUUUUUCCUGCCAGCUCUGCGUCUUCGUUGUUUUUAACCGAGAAAACGAAGGAAAACACGCAGCGAGGACGCAGCGUGAAAAAGUCGCUCGUCGGCGCCGCAUCUAAAGGGGAUUCUCGCUUUAGCGUAGCGUAUUAUGUUAGGAUAUUACUUGCGGAUAUUUAUGCAAAUUUAUAUCUUCGUAGAGACGACUAAUCCUUAAAGGCAAUCGUCGAAGGAAAUUCUCUCGCGGAUUUUUUAUCUUCCAGUUGUAGCGUGCACUUUUCGUUAGUUUAGAGACCAACGAAAUCAAACGGAUCAAAUGUUUUACUCUGAUUCAAUGUCAAGCAAGGAAUAGAAAAAUUAUCGUUUGCAAUAAUUACGAGAAUAUAAUCUUACAACAGACCGAAAUUUCAGAGAGUUUGAAAAACGAAACGUAGGCAGAAUUUUGUUUUACGUAAUAAAUAUCAUCGCGAUUAUUGUACUCUGGUUAUAUCAUAGAUUUUUGUAUAAAUAUCGUGUUUAUUCUGGGUAGUCUUAUACCUUCAAUUAAAUAUCCAAUAAUUGUAUAAAAAUCCGCAAUUUAGUUUAUUAUUAUUUGUACAUUUGAACGACGUACGUAUUUUAAAGUAACCCUUUUCAGUAUUGUUGUUAUAUUUUUGUUUCGAUAACAAUCGUUGUCUUAGAAUUAUGGUGUUCCAAGGUCUUUUUAUUUGAGUUCCCGAAGGAUACUUGGACUACAAUAUUUUUGUUACUCUAACAAUAAUGAUAUUUAUAUUAUUACUGUGAAUGUUUCAAGUUUUCAAUUCAAUUUUGUAAUUUAAGUCCUCGGAAUAACUCAUUGAGAAUUGUAAAUGUAAUUCCAUAGCAUCUACUCGAUCGAAUGAACUUUUUCUAGUUUUCUGUAUGAUGUUAGGUAUACGCACAUGUAUAUAGUUUACGCCUUAGAUAAAGAUUUGUUUCUAAUUUGAUAUCUUAUACUUUGUUUUUUAUUUGUUACCCGUCACAGUUAGUUUUACAUCUUCUUUAUUUUUAAUAGUAAUAUUGUUCCUUUAGAUUCUUAGACGUUCCAUCUACGUAUUUGUAUAUUUUAUAACAAAACAAAGACAGUCGUUCUCGUAUUUUUGUCAAGAACAAUGCAAAGCGAUCGUUCGAAUGGGAUUAAAACUGUCCUUUAGAUUUUCCAUCGGAUCAACUUGUAAUCUCUGCGUAAAUCCUCAUAUUAUAACGAAAAUCCUUUCGGCUUUACGUCUCUCCAGAAAUAUAUUCAGAAUCUCCAUCUUCGUAAACUACACUGCAAUGUUUAUUUCCUUUCUUUAUUCAAAUUAUUUUCCGCCGCGCAGUAUCCACGGAAGAAACGUUCCAUUAUCCAAGAACGUAAGUUAAAAGCGAGAAGUCUUAUGGAAUUCGUGAUUUCAAAGAGUUUCUUUCUUUUUUCUGCUUCCAAUAUCCUUCGUUCGAUUCGUUUCAAAAAGUGACAUUAUUUCUGCCUGAAAGAAGGCAAUCGAAUACCAAAGACAACCGAAGAAUAGUUGAUGGUUAUUUGCAAAGUGAUCGACCUUAUCGAUUUCAAUGAUCUUGAAAUAUGCUAUCAACCUCUUUUCCCGUACAUGUCAACGUUGCUCGAUUUUAAUUUAAUAUUUGCGAAAAACCAGUUCAAUAUACCUUACGAUUAUUUUGAUCAAUUUGCUCCCAUUUGGCACAGAAGGACCUGCUAACUUAUUUUCUAUAAUCAUUCUCGACUCACGUAAGAAAGAAAACUCAGUGAGUUGAAUUUGGGUUAGAUGAUUAUCGUUUGCCGGUGUCGAUGAUGUAGCAACUUAAUAUCUUAAGUAAUAAGAGCGAUACAUGCCAUAGUAAGCCUCGUAUUAUAUUAUUCUUAUUCAAAACUGGCAACGCUUUAGCCAUGAUAUUGAAAAAAACGGGAUUAUUCGAUCAUUAAAAUCAUCGUACGUCGUGGAAACAGAAACUUUCGCGAAUAUCUCGGAGAGUAAAGCCGAGCGACGGUAACACGUGCAGGGAGAAGUUGUUGCGAAUGUCGAACCUGACAAUAUAUUUCAAGAUCAUUGGAAUCGGCAAGUUGAUCCGCUCCGUGACCAAACGAUUGCUUUAGAACGAAAUAAUUGUUUUUAGCUCGGGAAGCGAAAUCAUAACGAUGAUCUUUUCCCAAAACUUUGUUCACAGUGACAUACCUGUGCGCGUGGGACUGAAAGACAAAGAACCAGACGAACAGCCGGGUAUAUCCUUCGAGAAACAACGUUUGUUUCCUUCCUCUUUUCAAUCGAGUCUUAAGUCUUAGGCACGUUUUUAAGCUCGUCUACGUGUAUAUAGCAUUCAGUUCUCCUUCCUUUUCUUUAUAUGUAUAGCUUUGUUAAGUGACGUGAAAAAAUAAAAAAAGAGCCUUGACUGUUAAAACCAACUUUGUAAAUCGUGUAUGGAGUUAGCAGCGCAACUAAGCUGUCGUUAGACUAAAGGUAAUUAGAUCUAUUCUCAUAGGUAUAUAAAUAUAUUGCUCGCGGUAGGCUGGACGUCUUUACCAAAUAUUGUACCGAAAAGAAGAAGAAAAAAAAAAAGAAACGGGAUAAAGAAAAAAGAAGGAAAUAUAAGCGAACUUCGUCGAAGCGCGAAAAAGGAGAGAGGCAAGGAUGUAGCUUAAGGUCAGAGGUCUAGCGUUCACGAGGCUCAUCCUUUUCUUUGUUAUUUAAUUUCUAGCCAAAUCAUAAUACCAUUGAUACGUUUGUCACGAAUGAUCGGUUUGGAUAACCUUCGUUACCGCUUAUUAUCGCAUAUUAUACGUAUUUCGUGUUUGUAAUAUUAAUUCUCCAUUGGUAUCUUUGGAUCAUAGUUUUUCGCGUUUUCCAUAUUUUGUUAUCGUUGUUCGCAUUGGGUUACUUAAUUUUAAGUUACUUAGCGAGUAUCCACGAGUAGGAUAUUCUUUAUUUUACAAAUUCAGUCACCCUAUCGUAAAGAAAUUUAUUACGUUGGAGGAGAGCAUGACAGAAUCGUUGCCGAUAUGCGCGAUUUCUAGUCUCAAUUUUGUUUCAUUUUAGAGAUUUUCAGGCAUAGCUUCCCUUACGAAAUAAAAUUAAACGUUCGAGAAGCUAUUAAUCUUCGUCCAUCAACUUGUGAAACAGAGAAUACAGAAUAAGAUUAAAGAUCGAGAAAUUAAGUAACCUGACUAAAAGCGUUCCGGUUAUCUAUGGUUCAACGGUAUCAUUUAGGAAUUGAUACAACAUGUAGAGCGUGAUACAUUCAACAUAAUUCGUUGCGUUAACUGUUCAAGCUCGAUUUUUAAACGUGGCAUAGUUUCUUACGAAUAUCAUAGAAAGAAUCAUAGAGCAACGUUGUUUACGAGUGGAGCCCCUUGCAAGCUCCGAUCCUCUUCGUACGUCGUUAUAAGAAAAAGGCAGUUGACAUUUUUAACACGACCUCCCUAUUUUUCUACCUCGGUUUUAAACAGAAGGCGACACGCCACAGCGGUGAGAAUCCGUUUCAUACGAGAAGCGAGACGGCUCGACCGGUACCAGCUUUUACAAUUUGGUGUUGGCGAAUCGCUAUCCGUUUCCAUCGUUCCUUAUCGCUCUCUUCGUUUACAUUAAUUUUUAUAUCUAAAUAGUUACUUGCGUGGAGUAUAAUAGCGUAAUCGAAUUUUCGAGAUCGAGUUGUGCGUUGCCACGAUAUCGAGGAUCGUGCAGUUUAUCAGCAGGACCACGGUCCUGGGAAUUUAUAAUAAUAAAUAAUAUAAUAAAUAAUAGUUAAUAUUUUCGUGCCAAUAUCCACGAACCUAUUUAGAAAAUGGCCAAAUUUUUUUGGCCCAUCUUUGGCCGAGAUUGCUUAACCCUCUGACAAUCGAAGACUGGGUCAAUCUUGUCCCGUGUAGAUAUUUCACGUUCGUUACCUUCUAAUCGUAAGAUACAUUUAGAAAUUAUCGUUCUACCGAAUUGCGGUAGAACUUCGUUUAUAGAAGUAACGUUCAACUUUCGAUAUCCCAACUUGACAGCUUAGUCUCUGUUAUGCGAACUGUGGUCCAGCCACGGUCUUCCGUUACGUUCGAACGUGUAUUCUUGUAACGGAGUUUACAUGGAGAAUAAGUUGUACGUUGCAAUGAUGGGACAUUGGGACGCGUUACAGAUACUACUGGUCAGCUGUUUGUUUCUACGUAUCAGAAUCCUUUCGUACAGUUCAGCCAGGUAACGUUGCAGGCGAAAUUCUAGAAGCUACAGAAGAGUUACAGAUUUUUCUCGAUUAACGGCAGCGAGUUUGAUAAUAAAUGAAAUUGUACGCGUAAAUGUUAUGAAUCGCAAGCCAGCUGAACGUUCGCGAUAAGAAAGAAGUUUAUAAACCCAGGAUUGAUAGUUUGUCAGCUGGUUAAUAUCAUUUGUUAGCAAAUUAUCGUGCACGAAAGCCUUUUUUCUCUUCAUUAUCUAAACUGAUAAGAAAGACCGCUAGACGAUAGCUAGAGAAUUCGUUGUCAGUCCUCUAAACUGUCUUGUUUCCCAACCUGCUCGGAUAAACGAAGUUCUAACGAUCACCAGUACGAACGAUUUUAUUUUUCAAGCAAAUUUCCUUAUUACUAUGCUAUGGGCUUUUACGAACUUACGUGAUACGUAAAGUUGUAAAUAUACAUAUAAAAGGUUCAAAGUAAAGCAAUUACUUACCAUUUUUAGUACGUAGACGAGACGAACAUCCAUUCAACUUCUGUUUCUCUUUGAUCGAUUUUUGCUUCAACGGUAUAAAAUAAAAUAUCCUGCGCUAAUAGCAACAAUGAUCCAGUCUUUGUUAGACAAGGGUUGAUCGACGAGUAAACGGUACUGGAGGAAUCAUCGUGCAUCGUUAAGAACGAUUAUCUUUUAUCUUCAUUUACCUUUAUCGCGAAAGGAGAACCUUACGCGUUCUCUUUCAUCUCGUUUCGACGUUCCGCGGUGCGAAAUCCGAUUGAAAUCGUGUUGCACAGGUCGCUUCGUCUAAUUAAUAGAAUUCGCUUCGAUUAUAUUAGCGUCUACGAGCAUGUUCGAUCGUGCAGCGCGAAUGGGACGAACGUGCGUUUUCAAUGGGGUUCGACGCUAAGGAGAACCCAAGGAUCUCAAGAAAAUGCGUAAGAACGCGUGCCGAUACAUUUUCGUACCGACACCUACGGGAACAGUGAUAUAAAUUUUAGUAAUUAUGGCACAAAAUGAUCUGUAUACGGUAGAUCUAUAAAUUAUUAGUCGAUUUUUAGGUUUGAUUUUAGGGGGAUCGUUAGACGAGAAGAAGAGGGGCUACGAUGUAAUGGUUUGCGUUGCACAGCGGCGUAAAUUUUGUUGCCACGAAUUCCUGGCCGAUUACGAACGUACAAUUCCUAGUAAUCACGCAUGAUAGCGAAUAAUUGUCAUACGAUAUAUCUGAGAAUUGGAAUUCUCGAAGAAGCAGCAGCUUUCCUUUCUUUUUCUUUUGACGUGGUCAUGCGGUUGCGAAGAUGCGAAAUUAUCAGAUUUGAUACAAAAAUUACGCCACUGUCAUAUCGAAUGACAUAUGAAUAUACUAUAAUAUAUAUUAUUGUUUUGUCGUGAUUGGAUUACGUUAGGUCGUUUCUGUCGACCGAGAAUGUUUCCGAUUCGACUUAAAAAUGUUUUAAUUCCCGUUACAUCGUCUCAUGUGUACAUAAAAUAAUUAUUAUACUUCUUAUUAUAAAUAAACGUCGAUAUCGACAGUUUCAGAUA